AUGAACUUUGAAAAUGAAGUGGAAUUUAUUUAUAAUACGCGAUCACGCGACGGUCAUAUUGAUACAGCAUUUUAUGAAAGAUUAGCAACAGCUUUGGUGAAUGAUAUUGAACGUGAAAGAAAUGUUGAAGAGAGCGAAGAAAUUGACGAAAUCGAAUUAUUUCCUGCCGACGAUGACGAUUGUGAUGUUGAUUAUGUACCAAACGAAGAUGAUGCAUCAGAUAUUGAGAAUGAAGUGAUUAUCGAACCAAAUGAUUUAGUUGACAGUGAUGAAGAAUUUACGGAGUCUGAAACUCAAAACUUAUGUACGAGUACUUCUGAAGAGUGUUUCUAUGGUAAAGACGGUACAAAAUGGGAAAAAAAUGAACCAAACACUGGUGUUCGCAUUCGUCAACACAAUGUUAUGCGUUUUAGAAGUGGACCUAAGGAACGAAAUUCUGUCCCAAUUGAGGUAUUCAAAAAGUUUUUUACUCGUGAUAUUGCAUUCAUUAUCAUCACUGAAACGAAUCGUUAUGGAAAAGAUUCAAUACAAAAAUGGAAUGCGUCUAAUCCGGGUCGAAAAAAAAAAGUUUGGAAGGAUGUCACUGAGAGUGAAUUAGACGCGUUUAUUGGAAUACUUUUGGCAGCUGGUGUUUCACAUAAUAACACACAAAAAUCAGAAGUUUUGUGGCGUACAGAUGGCCUACCGAUAUUCAGAGCAGCUAUGUCUCAUAAACGUUUCCUUUUAUUGACAAGAUACAUUAGGUUUGAUGAUGGACGCACACGUCCAUUCCGUUUGCAAAGUGAUAAGGCCGCACCUAUUCGUGAUAUUUGGAAUUAUAUGAAUGAAAAUCUAGCAAAAAACUAUAGUCCAUAUGAAAAUAUAACUAUUGAUGAACAGCUCUUUCCAUAUCGUGGUAAAACCAAAUUUACUCAAUAUAUACCAUCAAAACCAGCCAAAUAUGGUAUAAAAAUUUGGUGGGCCUGUGAUUCGAAAACAAAAUAUCCAUUACAAGGAAAACUAUUUACAGGUUGGCAAGAAGGAAAUGAACGUGAAACGAAUCAAGGUGAGAAUGUCAUGCUACAACUCGCAAAAUCAUAUAGUAACAGCGGCCGUACAAUUAUCGCAGAUAAUUUUUUUACAACAUUAGAAGGCGCAAAGCGACUAACCAAAAUCGGUCUUGCAUUCGUUGGUACCAUUAGGUCUAACAAAAGAUGUAUCCCUGAAGAAAUGAGAAAACAUCCUUCACGUCCAGUUUUGUCAUCUCGUUUUGGAUUUAAUGAUAAUUUGGUUUCAAUUUGCAGCUACGUGCCAAAAAAAAAUAAAUGUGUAAAUUUGCUUUCUACCGUACACUAUACAAAAUAUUGUGAAGGUGAAGCCAAAAAACCCGAAGCAAUUUUAUUUUAUAACAAAAAUAAUGGAGGCGUCGAUUGCAUGGACCAAAUGGUUACUCAUUUUACAUCAAAACGAGCCACAAAAAGAUGGAUUUUUGCAUUUUUUUUGUAA